AUGACUUUCCGAUAUUUUGAGAAGAACUUGUGGAUCAAAAGAGAGUGGAGGUUACUUGAUGCUCUUUCAGAAGAUUUCCGCAAGGCUUAUCGUACAGUGAAUCAGAUCAAAGAAAGGGCCAAUCAAGUGUGGGAGUCCGAGCUCAAUCUUGGAGGAAUAACUCUAACGUUGAGUGAGGCCGAGACGCGUUGGGUGAAGAAAACAGGAAAAGUAGGCAUUUGUGCCAAAACAUGGGCUGAAGAAUUGGAGAAACUGCUAAAGAAAAAAAGAGACGGGGGUGCUGCUAAAAGCCUUGUUUUGGUCCUCAGAAACGUCAGACUUAUAUUUGAGCUUGCUUAUGGAAUUUUCAGAACCAAGGGAGAGAUUACGGUGAAAACUAAGUUUUCUUAUGGAAUUUUCAGAACCAAGGGAGAGAUGACGGUCAAAGCUGAGUUGCAGAAGAUUGUGAAAAAAAUAAACUUCACAAAUCACAUCAUCAAGUCAGUUGAAGAAUCGCGGACUAAACUCAGCACACUACAAGAUCGGCCCAUUGACGACACUGAGCAUCUCGGUUAUGUCCCAGCAAUGCUGCAUGUUGCUCCAGUGGUUCCUUUUGUCCUGGAGCGCAUGAUCGUUGAGACGCCAAAUCAUUUGAUUCGUGGGAAAAAGAUGGUGAACAAAACGCGAUCGAUCCUCCUCCAAAUGCAAUUACUUGAGCCUUACAUGAGAGACUUACGAGGGCUGAAGAUGGAAAGUAACAUGGAGAAGGCAUGGCUGGAGGAAGCUAUGGAUACGAAUAUCCAAGUACGUAAUGACAUAAAUAUAUUCUUACAAGAGGCCUCAAAUCAAAAUCAAAACUUUUUCAGCGAUUGGAUAUUGAGGCGUAAGCUCAAGCAGAUUGUAAAGCGUGUUGAUAGAGAGUUAUCUCAUCUUCUCCAGUUGAAAGAAACAUACGGUUUCAAUUUCAUCAGAAGAGUCCCGUCCAAGGGUUAUGCCCGCAUGAUCAGGCCACUUUCCCAACAACAAACUAGCAUUAAGGUCCUUAUGGAAGACAUUCUAGGCCAGCUGCGCAUGGUCGAUGAACGUAGCCAGAUAUCAGAAGGAUUAAGAAAAGGUUUGUCUGAUGAAUUUACUUCAGUUUGGAGCAAGUUGAGCAAUCUAGAAGCAAAUGAAGGUGCGACCAAUACGAGGAUGGCUUGCUUUGAAAUAUUGAAGAAAAUGCUGGAGGUUAUGCAGGAAUUGCUGAAAGACGAUCGAGAAGCAACAGGUGUUUUAAGGAGAAUAGCUAGUUUAAAGCUGGUUAAGAAAAUGGCUUCUAUUAUAGUGUCUUCGAGAGAAUCAAGGCGGACAAAGCAAUUGAUGGACACUGCCAAGCUUCUUAAUAAAUGCAUACACUCAUAUAGAAUCAAAGUGAUGGAUGAAUCAUGCUCAGUUUUCGGCCUAGAAGAAGACAUACACAAACUUGUUUUGAAGCUCACUACUAAUGACAGCAAUGAUGGAUCGAUCAUUUCCAUAGUUGGGAUGAGAGGCACUGGUAAGACAACUCUGGCUAAGAUAAUCUAUAAUCAUAGAUCCAUUGUCAACCGAUUCGGAGAACGUUGUCUCGUUUCCAUGCGCAAGGAGUACUACUCUGACAACAAUCUACUUCUCAAAGGCGUUGGAAACCAGAUCAUGAGGACAAAAGACGAAAGCUCCGAAAGUCAUUAUUGGGCCGAAGAGAUAAGAAAUUUCUUGAGGGAGAAGCGCUGCCUUAUAGUUCUGGAUGAUCUUUCGUCCAUGGAAGCUUGGGAUUUACUUAGACAAGUAUUAAUACUCAGGGAAAUGGCACAUGGAAGCAUGAUUAUGCUCACCACAUGCAGCAAAGAGAUAGCAGCACAUGCGAGCAUUAUGAGUACUAGCAUCCACAAACUUCGACUGCGAACUAAAGAAGAAAGUUGGAAUUUCUUGACCCAGAUGGUCCAAUGCCCUGCUGAUCCUGAAGUGGAGUUACUAGCAAAGAAAGUGGUAGCGAGGACUGGAGGUCUACCACUGGCCAUUUUACGUCUGGGGUAUCUUUUGUCAGGAAAAAAAGUCACAUCCGCGGUGUUGUCAAGGGUGCUUGUUCGUGUCUCUCAAGGUGACCAAAACCAAUCACCAUGGAUAGAGAUCAAAGACAUGAAUAAAAACGAUUACUUGCAUGCGCAGCCAAGUACUGAUGUCGAUAAAUGUCUUUCUUACUUUGAGCUGUUCCCUCGGGACUUUGAAAUCCCUGUAAGAAGACUAGUUGCUCUGUGGGUCGCACAAGGAUUAGUAGGACAGACAACUCACGAAAAGAAAGCAUACGAUCUUCUCCUCGAGCUCAUUGAUCGAAAUAUGAUUCAGAUUGUGACAAAAAAGAAUAAUGGGGAAGUUAAGACGUGUCGCUUUCCUAGUAUUCUAAGAGAAGUUUGGUUGCAAGGCAGACGUAAGAACAUGAAUUCUCUCUCUUGGUCCUUGUAUACGAGUUUAGAUCGGCAGGUUGCUUAUCAUUUUGAUGAUAAAGAAGCUAGUGACAACAACGGUGGUGUUCAUGGUCUAGACUCGGACACUGUUUCAAAACAUGAUGGAUACCCCUUCUCCAUCAUGGUCUUUGAUAAUCGAGAAGGAGCUCCUGGUGAAGAUAUACGUCUUUUUCUUCGCAUGGGCAUUCGAAGUGGGCGCUUCCAUGACUUAGUGGUCCUUGAUCUUGAAGGUUUAUGCGGACCUAACUUGUCUCGCACCAUAGGAAAACUAAAGAAGCUCAAAUAUCUUGGUCUCAGACGGACUGAGCUAAAGACUCUUCCAUCAACAAUAUGCAAAUUGGUGCAUCUACAGACCCUAGAUUUGAAGCAUACUCGUCUAGAAAAAGUCCCUGUCUCGAUUUGGAAAUUGAAGAAACUUCAAUGCUUGUACUUGGACAGGAGUUGUAGAUUCCGAUCUAGCCAUAUUUCCAUGAAAAAUCUGCAGAUCUUAUCCGCCUUUUUGGAUCAUGGUCAAGGCAAGGAUAUUGCUUUAAUGAACGAGCUACACAAGCUGAACAACCUUAGAAAAUUGAGACUAACACUAAUCCAAUGGACCGAGCCACAACAACAGCAACUAGCAACAUGCCUUCGACAAUUGACUCACCUAAACUCUUUGAGUUUGAAAUCUGUUGACGAGAACAUGUUACCUCAGGAUUUAGUGUUGGGAAAUUGUUUCAAAGAUCUUACCAAUCUCUCUAAACUAUAUUUGUCAGGAAAGUUAUUACCGCUGGAUAGCAACACUACACUACCAGAAAGCCUCAUUGAAGUUACCUUGGCCAAAUCUCAACUCUCAGGAUUGGAAAGCUCGGUACUAAUGGGGAAGCUAGCAGCUCUUCCACUGCUUAAUAUUCUUAAUUUCAGGUCUAAAUUUUGCUGUGAACCAGAAAUGAUCUUCCCUGACGGGUUUCCCAAGCUUCUAGUUCUGAAACUAUGGGAUCUAGAUCAGCUGGUAAAACUUGUUGUGAAGAAAGAAGCAAUGCAGAAACUCCGAGAGUUAGAGAUUAGAUGCGCGGUGUUGAAACAUACCACUGGAUUGACCAACUUAAAGACUCUUCAAGAAUUGAAGUUAACAGACAUGGAAGAAAAACUCGUACAAGCCAUCGAAAAUGAGUUCUUAGCAGCUAAUAACAUCAUUUACUUUACGAGUAUAAUCAGGAUUAAUUCACACAAUUAG